AUGGUCAAUCUGUCUAAGCUCCUUAACAUUUCUGGUUCAUUAUGGGCUAAUAAAGACCCAUGUUCUUGGAAGGGAGUAGGAUGCAGCUCUGGUAACUCAGCAGUAACUGGUCUUUCUCUAGACAAGUUUGAUCUCUCCAACUCUAAUUUCUUACCUGAAAUUUGCAAGAUUGAAACUUUACAGUCCCUUGAUCUUUCUAACAACCGUUUGAGCUCAAUCCCAGAUGAGUUCAUCAAUGGUUGUGGAAGGAUUGAUGGACUAAAGGUGUUGAAUUUUAGCAAAAAUGGGUUAGUUGGUCCUUUGCCUACUUUCAAUGGUUUUGUUGGGUUAGAAUCUUUGGACUUGUCUUUCAAUUUUUUGACCGGUAAUGAGCUUCAGCUCUCUAUGAAUGAAUUCCAAGGUACGGUACCUCAAGAAAUUGCAAAUUAUCAGAACUUGAAAUUAAUUGAUCUUAGUUCCAACAAACUUGAGGGGCCGAUUCCUACUAGGAUUGGAAAUCUCUCCAAGUUGAGGUUUUUGCUUCUGUCUGUCAAUAGAUUGAACGGAGAAAUCCCAGCAAACAUUUCAGGUAUACCAAACUUGUAUCGAUUUGCAGCGAAUCAGAACGAGUUUGGUGGUACAAUUCCCAGUGGAAUUACAAGAUAUCUCAGCUUCUUAGAUCUUAGUUGCAAUAACUUAAGAGGGUCUAUACCGACAGAUUUUUUAUCAGGGUUGAAUUUGCAACUUGUGGAUUUGUCUUGUAAUCUGCUGGAAGGUUCAAUACCUGCAAAGAUAUCUGCGAGCUUGAUCAGUUUGAGAUUGGGAAGCAACAAGCUCAAUGGGUCAAUCCCUUCUUCAUUAGGGACACUUGAGAAGUUGACUUACUUGGAACUGGACAACAAUAGCUUCACCAAUGGGAUACCCCUUGAGUUGGGUUCUUGCCGUAGUUUGGCAUUAUUGAAUUUGGCACAGAAUGACCUUACAGGCCAUGUACCUCCACUGUUGGGUAAUCUCAGCAAUCUUCAAGUUUUGAAUCUUCAGCUCAACAAGUUGGGUGGAGAUAUCCCUACAGAGAUCACUCAAUUAAAGUCGCUGUCGAUCUUGAACAUCAGCUGGAAUUCACUCACUGGUUCAAUACCAUCUUCAAUUUCAAACUUGCAAAGUCUCGCUCACCUGAACUUGCAAGGCAACAAACUUCAGGGUCCAAUACCUGCCACCGUCAACAGCAUGAACUCUUUGUUAGAACUCCAACUUGGACAAAAUCAACUAAGUGGAAUGAUUCCAAUGAUGCCAGUGAAAUUGCAGAUUUCUUUGAAUCUCAGCACCAAUCUCCUUCAAGGAGAUAUUCCGAAAACUCUUUCUCCACUGAAGGACUUGGAAGUUUUGGAUCUCUCAAACAACGAUUUCUCGGGUGAGAUUCCCGACUUUCUCACUCAAAUGGCAUCCCUAAAUCAGUUGAUACUCUCGAACAAUCAGCUUUCUGGAGUCAUCCCAGAGUUCAAAAAAUAUGUGUCCGUAGAUGUAAGCGGAAAUGCAGGACUUGAAAACAAGACAGCAAAAAACACCUCCCAAGAAUCCCCAAAGAAGGGAAAACCAGUAGCUAUGAUAGUCUCUGGGAUUUUGUCGUUCUCCUUGUUCUUCUUUUGCUCCUUUCUUCUCACUUUCUUUUGCUCUCUAAAGAACCAAAGAGGGCUAAACGAAAGAAGACGUAAAAGAGAAGCAAGGAGAGCAUGA